ACCACAGAAUCAGGAAGAAACUCCCGGGUCCCAGCAUUCUACUGGGAGGACAGGCAUAGACCGAGAGUCCAAUGCCCAAAUUUUCAAAAAUCUACCCAAAGGGUGGGCUUCUGUCUUCUACCCAGAAGGUCUUUAGACUGAAACAAUUGAUAACACUAUGUGUCGGCAAGGAUAUGGAGGACACUUGCAUAACUAUGACAACUCUCCGGUAUAUGUUCAGUUUUCAUGUCACAACUCGAAGUGAGCAUCCUGCCAAGAAGACUGUUUCUCACCACAAGUUGCAGUGUGGUCUCCGCAUCUUCUCCCCUUGUGAGAUGAGUGAAUCACACAAUUACAAACUUAAACUUGAAAAUCGUUCUACUUCUGUACCAGGACAAAAGAAAAGAUCCACAUUGAUCACGAACACAUCUGGGGGAAACCCAUCUCCAUUUGUUGUUGCCCGGUCCAUUGCUCUAGCUAUGGGGAUCCAUUUCAUUGUGAUGGUGACGAUAUGCAGCUCCAUAAUCAUAAUAAACUCAUUAUUCAAUGAAGCAGCUCCAAUUUCUUUGAAUGAAACUUACUGUGGCCCGUGUCCUCAAAACUGGAUAUGUCAUAGAAACAACUGCUACCAAUUUUUUAGUGAGAAAAAAAGCUGGCUUCAGAGCCAAGCUUCUUGUAUGUCUCACAAUUCCAGUCUCCUGAAGAUAUAUAGCAAAGAAGAGCAGGAUUUCCUCAAACUGGUGAAGUCCUAUCAUUGGAUGGGACUCGUACAAAAUCCAGCAAAUGGAUCCUGGCAGUGGGAAGAUGGCUCCAUUUUCUCUCCCAGUCAACUAACAUUGGUUGAAAUGGAGAAUGGAACCUGUGUGGUUUAUGGCUCCAAUUUUAAAGGUUACACAGAAAACUGUUCGACCCCAAACACAUACAUCUGCAUGCAUGGGAUUGUGUGAUGACUUUAUUGUUCAUAAAAUAUAAAGGAUCCAAAAACAAAAAUGCCAUUCUCUGAGUGUUUAUCAUGAAGAAAACAUCCAGAAGAAAAUUCCACCAAUAUUUAUAAUUUUUUUCACCUGACAUGCCACAAACCAUAAUCAGCUGCAAGCAAAGGCUAACAAUCAAAGACUUUAUCUUCUAUAACAUGUUUUGUAUAAUUUUUAAUUUAUUAAGUGAUGAACAAAUUCAUUCUUAAGUUUAAUAAACUGUUGAUAAUA